AUGGCGACGGCUUCGGAAUUACCGGACUGCCUUCUAGUGGAAAUUCUGUCCUUCGUUCCUCUCCGGGACCGACUCCGGAGCUCCAGGGUGUGUAAGCGCUGGCGGAGACUGGUUCUGGACAAAGCUCUCUGGAAAACUUUGGAUCUAAGUCCUUACAGGGUUGGGCCCAAUGUGCUAUGGCAGCUGCUGCGGCAGUACGUGGGUCCAGGGCUGAGGACUUUCAAGGUUCGAGGCCGCCUGUUCUCCGAGCCCCGGGCCUCGCUGCUGUCCCCUGCCCUGCUGCAGGAGCUGGGGAAGCGCUGCCCGCACAUGACCUACCUAUACCUUCUGGAAGAGGACCUGCGAAAAAUCCCUUUCUCUUGCUUGCCGCGUUCCCUUCGAUACCUGGAACUACAGUCGUGUGAGCUUCCCCAGACUUGGUUUCCCCCUGGGAAUGGCCCCUCCAGCUUGCCCCAUCUUGAGCACCUGAUACUGGACCGGGUCCCUGCUUUCUCAGACAUGCAACUACAGGCCCUGUCUAGGCAAGGAGCACUGUGCUCUCUGGUGCUGAGGGUCACCUACAGGGUGACCCGCAAGGGUUUUCAAGACGCCUUUCCUGGCCUCAGCAGCCUCCAGGAGCUGGAGCUCUGUGGAUGCUCUGUGCCUGCUGAUGGGGCCCUACAGGCCAUAGGAGGCUUCCUACCCAGACUCCGGGAGCUCAGGGUAACUGUGAUUGGGCUCACAGCCAGGGGGAUGGCCAUUCUGGUGGGGAUGAAGGCUCUAGAAAUUCUUGGCCUCCUGGGACCACCCCCUACCCCUCAAGAGCUUUCAGCCAAGGAUAUCCUCACUUUCUGUCUCAUGUUGCCAAACCUCAGGGUCCUCAGCCUUCAGGGCAUGGAAAUGGAGUCAGCAGAUGAGGCUAUUCUUAGGGAGGGACUGACCAACUGUAUGGUCACUGUUGGGGAUCUCCCCUUUGGAGUCUGGGGACCAGAUGGUCUAAGUUGA